CCGCAUCAGCCUUUGGCCAAAAAUAAAAAAAAUUUCCAUAUCAGACGGCUUGACUUAAAGACAUCAAUUAUGGGUGCCUUUAGAAUCAAUAAUAAGUCCCACUCGACCACUACCGCCAAGCAAUUGAUGAAUUGCAGGUUGACUUACUGUGUAAAGGAAGAAAAUGAAAGGUUUGAAAAUUGGUUUCAUUCAUUGAGGAAGGAACUCUCCCAUUCACUCCAUCAUUUUUCCUGGAAAUUUCCUGCAAAUAGCAUCGAAGGGACCUCCAAAUCUCCAGGAGGGGGGUGUGAUUGCUUUCCCUUUCUAUAGUGUUCAAACUUGCACAUAACUGCAAGUUUGGUUUCAAGUAUAAGCUUUAUACGCAACGAUUUUUCUGAAGAACAAAAGAUAAAUGAAACAGCACUUGCAUGUCAAGCAUGGCCGAUUGGCCAUCCUGUUCUUAUUCCUCUGUUUCUUUCCAACUAUUUUUGCAGAACCUGUUCUCCAUGAUCCAUGCAUACAAUCAAGGUGUAGUGUUUAUGGACCAGAGAUUCGAUUCCCCUUUAGACUCAAAGGAAAACAGCCAGAAGCAUGUGGUUAUGGUUCUGGCUUUGAUGUAUACUGUACUGAAACAAAUAAGACAGUGCUCGAGCUGCCUUCCUCUGUCAAGGUUUUCGUCCAAGGCAUAGACUAUAAAUCACAGUUCGUAACUGUAUCUGAUCCUGAUGGAUGCCUUCCUCAUCUCACUUUAUAUUCAUCUCCUUUUCGGUCAACUUACGAUUAUGGAUCAGGUGGAUAUGCAUUAUUCAACUGUUCAGGGACGUCUCGUAGAAAUUCAGAAUUUCGACAAUGGGGGGACUUUUCUUGCCUCGAUGUUCCUGGCUAUGAAGUUUUAGCUAUACCGUACACAGGGAGAAUCAUGGACAACCCUCUGUUAUCAUGCAUGAGAAUUCCUAAUUACACAUCAGUGCCUGAGCCAUUUAUUUACAGUGACCAUACAAUAAGUCUAUCUUGGCCCAAACCGGAUUGCAGAAACUGUGAAGAAAAUGGAGGGCAGUGUAAAUUGAGAGAAGACAAAGUUGAACGUGAAAAUGAAUGUAUCAAAAGCCCUCGUAAAGGUCCACCAAAAAAGAUAGAACUUUCUGGUGAAAUCUUAGGCCCGUUCCUGCUCAUAUUUGUUGGAGUUAUUAUUUAUUGGGUCUAUGCAGCUAGCCUCGAGAGGCAAGGUUACAAGAAAAUUAGGAAGUUUUUGGAGGAUUACAAAGCACUUAGGCCAGCUAGGUACUCCUAUGCAGAUAUAAAGCGAAUCACAAAUCAAUUCAAGGAUGAACUUGGACAAGGAGCUUAUGGAACUGUCUAUGAAGGGAAGCUAUCUAAUGAAAUUCUGGUUGCUGUUAAGCUCCUAAACACUUCCACAGGGAAUGGACGAGAGUUCAUCAAUGAAAUGGAAACAAUGUGUCAAAUUCACCAUGUCAAUGUUGCUCGCUUGGUUGGCUACUGUGCAGAUGGAUUCAAACGAGCUCUGGUUUAUGAAUUCUUACCUAAUGGUUCAUUGCAGAAAUUCAUAACUUCAGCUGACAGAAAGGACCUUUUUCUGGGUUGGGCAAAGCUUCAUGAUAUUGCUCUUGGCAUAGCCAAAGGAAUUGAGUAUCUUCAUGAAGAUUGUGACAAACGAAUUCUUCACUUUGAUAUCAAACCUCACAACAUUCUUCUAGAUGAUAAGUUCACGCCUAAAAUAUCUGAUUUUGGUUUGGCCAAACUGUGUUCAAAGGAUCAAAGCAUUGUGUCAAUGACAACAGCUAGGGGCACUUUGGGCUACAUUGCACCAGAGAUUUUUUCUCGAAAUUUUGGCAAUGUAUCCUAUAAAUCAGAUGUUUAUAGUUAUGGAAUGUUGCUCCUUGAAGUGGUUGGAGGGAGAAAAAUCACAGAUGUCACAGCAGAAAAUACUGAACAAGUUUACUACCCACAAUGGAUUUACAAUCUUUUAGAGAACAAUGAAGACAUACAAAUCCAUAUAGAGGGAGAGGAGGACACUAAAAUUGCAAGAAAACUAUCUAUUAUCGGACUUUGGUGCAUUCAAUGGCAUCCAGCAAAUCGUCCAACCAUGAAGAAUGUGGUUCAAAUGUUGGAAGGAGAUGAUGAAAAGCUAAUUUUGCCUCCUAAUCCUUUUGGGUCUACACAUGCAACCAGAACAAGCGUUGUUAAUGGAGCAAGGAGAUUGAAGCCAGAGUUAUCUGUCAUUUCUGAAAUAGAGUGAAGUUGAGAUGAUUGAUGUAUACUCUAACUAUUUGUGUAUUGUUUUUCUUACUUUGUUGUAUAAUGAGCUAGGUAAGGUGUAAGUCUGAGUUUAGAUUUGUUGCCAGUCUUUUGCUUGUUGUUGAUACAAGGUUCAAAAUAUGAUCAUACCCAGUUAGACAUGGAAAAUAUUCUACAAGGUUAUAAAUUAUAAUAAAGUCUCCAUGUUGUUCCCA